AUGCUGGUCCCCGCCCUCCUCGUCCUCUUAUUCUGCCUCAGAGGGCGUGCAGGCCUGUCACCCCACUUCCUGCAACAGCCGGAGGACCUGGUGGUCCUGCUAGGGGACGAGGCCCGGCUGCCCUGUGCUCUGGGCACAUACUCAGGAGUGGUCCAGUGGACUAAGGAUGGGCUGGCUCUAGGGGGUGAGAGGGACCUGCCAGGGUGGUCCAGGUACUGGAUAUCAGGGGAUGCAGCCAGAGGCCAGCACAACCUUCACAUUAGGCCUGUGGAACUAGAGGAUCAAGCAGCAUAUGAGUGUCAGGCUACACAGGCAGGCCUCCGCUCUCGACCAGCCCAGUUGCAUGUGCUGGUGCCCCCAGAAGCCCCUCAGGUGCUGGGCAGCCCCUCUGUGUCUCUGGUUGCUGGGGUUCCUGCAAAUCUGACCUGUCGGAGCCGUGGGGAUGCCCGCCCCACCCCUGAGCUGCUGUGGUUUCGAGAUGAGGUCCAGCUGGAUGGGGCUACCUCCUAUCAGACCCUGCUGAAGAAAGGGACCGUUGAGUCCGUGGAGAGCAUCUUAUCCUUUACCCCUUCCAGCCAUGAUGACGGAGCCACCUUGGUUUGCCGAGCCCGAAGCCAGGCCCUGCCUGCGGGAAAGGACACAGCUAUCACACUGAGCCUGCAGUACGCCCCAGUGGUGACUCUGUCUGCAGAACCACAGACUGUGCAGGAGGGAGAGAAGGUCACUUUCCUAUGCCAGGCCAGGGCCCAGCCUCCUGUGACUGGCUAUCGGUGGGCAAAAGGGGGCUCCCCAGUGCUGGGGGCCCGAGGACCAAUGUUGGAAGUGGUGGCCGAUGCCUCAUUCCUAACUGCGCCAGUGUCCUGCGAAGUCAGCAACGCCGUGGGUAUUGCCAACCGCAGCACCGCACUGGAUGUACAGUUCGGGCCGAUUCUACAGGCAAAGCCUGAGCCUAUGUCUGUAGACCAGGGGGAAGAAGCUUCCUUUAGCUGUGCCUGGCACGGGAAUCCGCUCCCACGGGUGACCUGGACCCGCCAUGGCGGUGCACAGGUGCUGGGCUACGGGCCCACGCUGCGUCUUCCCUCGGUGGGGCCAGAGGAUGCAGGCGACUAUGUGUGCAGGGCCGAGGCGGGGCUCUCCGGCCUGGGGGGCGGCGCUGCAGAGGCUAGGCUGACUGUGAACGCUCCCCCAGUAGUGACCGCCCUGCAUUCAUCGACUGCCUUUCUGAGGGGCCCCGCCCGGCUCCAGUGUCUAGUCUUCGCCUCCCCGGCCCCAGAAGCCGUGGUCUGGUCUUGGGAUGAGGGCUUCCUGGAGAAGGGUUCCCGGGGUCGGUUCCUGGUGGAGACGUUCCCAGCCCCGGAGGGCCGAGUUGGACAGGGUCCAGGCCUGAUCUCUGUGCUACACAUUUCGGGAACCCAGGAGUCUGACUUUAGCCGGGGCUUCAACUGCAGUGCUCGUAACCGGUUGGGUGAGGGAGAUACCUGGAUCAGCCUGGGCCGUAGAGAUGUGCUGCCUACUAUGCGGAUUGUGGCUGGGGUGGCCUCCUUGGCCACGACUCUCAUUAUAGUCAUCACUGGGGUGGCCCUCUGCUGCUGGUGCCAAGGCAAGGCCUCUUUCUCCAAGCAAAAGAACCAGGUUCACAUUCCAGGCAGCAGCCAUGGUUCCAGUUUGCGGGGCCCUGAGGAAGAGGAGACAGGCAGCAGUGAGGACCAGGGCCCCAUCAUGCACAUGGACAGCAGUGACCUGGUUCUGGAUGAAGAGGGGGCUCUGGAGACUAAGGACCCAACCAACGGUUACUACAAGGUCCAAGGAGUCAGUGUGAGCCUGAGCCUUGGCAAAACCCCUGGAGAUGGCCUCUUCCUGCCACCCUCUCCCCCUAUUGGACCUCUGGGUACCCCUCCUUUCUAUGACUUCAACUCACACCUAGGCAUGCUUCCCCCCUGCAAACUGUAUAGAGCCCAGGCAGGUUAUCUCACCACACCCCAUUCUCGAGCUUUUACCAGCUACAUCAAACCCACAUCCUUUGGGCCCCCAGAUAUGGACCCCAGGACUCCCCACUUCCCAUAUGCUUCCUUCCCCACACCCAGCCACUCUCGUCUCCAAACGCAUGUGUAGCAUCUCUCCAACUCAAAAGUGCUGGGAUCUUCAACUUGCCAUAACAGAUUGUCCUGAUUUCUAAAGAACCAGAGCAAGUUAGCGAACCUACUCCUCCAAAACUAAACAUUGAGGAGAGUGAUAGAUCAUUACUAUUGCCUAGGUUAUUGAUGGACAAUUUGCUCAGCCAAAGGGGAUGCCCUAAGUGGGAGCAAGAUGGCCACUAUGUCCACCUAUUCCCCUGUAUAAAAGAGAUUCAAGAUGUCAAAUGGUCCCUUCACAGAGGAAUAGAGAUGGGGUGAUGGGAGUUAGAGGCAGAUGUAGAAGUUGUUUACAGAUGCUGAAGGAAGAUAUUUCAAGAUGAGCACUUGCAUUGAGAAGAAAGAUAACAUAGAGAGAUUAAGAUGGAGCCCUAGCUGGUUUGGCUCAGUGGAUAGAGUGUCAGUCUGAAGACUAAAGGGUCCCAGGUUCAGUUUCGGUCAAGGGCACAUGCCCGGG